GCUCAAAGCUGGAAGGUAUCAAAGUGCUGCAAAAUGAAUUUCAACAGGAUGAUACGAACUGCGUAUAGGCCUUUUCUUUUUGCACAUAUGGAGAGAAAAGGUGUGGGAGCAUCGUUCAGGUUCACUCAGACAACACGACACCUGAUGGAACUGACCGGAGAGCAGCUGAAACUGACUGAGAUCCAUCUGAAAAGAUAUUUACCUCAGUCACAACAGGCUUAUGGCUGUCUGGUCCUCAGAAACAGAGUCACAUCAGACCCUGUGAGGGUUUUAGUGGACAGAUGGCCAGAGUUCAAUGUCAUUGUCUGCAAACCAAAAUAUGAACAGAAGGGUGAUCUCUUUAAAACUACAGUGGUUUUUGCAAAAGAUGAAGCUGUUCUAGAGGAAACUUUAAGGAAGUCCUCUGUUAUUGACUGGACCCAGUACCUUUGUGUUGAUAUCAAUCUCCGCCAUGCGGAGAUAUUCAAAGCAGUCGCAAGAGAAAAAGGCGUGUUCAGCAGCAGCCUGACAGUGAGUCACAUGACAAUACCAGAUGUAUCCAACCUUCCCUCUAUAGACAGCUCGGGGAUCUCAUUAAGCUCUCUGGAUGACUCACACGUCGACUUGGUGAAUCAGAUGUGGAGGUAUGGGAGGAACGAGCAGACUGUCAGGAUGAUCAGAAACAUGGUCGCAAACUUUCCCUCCUGCUGCGUGCUGGACGCAGAGGGAAAGCCUGUGUCCUGGAUCCUCACCUUUGCAUCCUGUGCAAUGGGCGUGUUACACACUCUGCCAGAGCACAGACGAAAAGGCUACGCCAAGGUUGUGAUCAGCACCUUGGCUAAGAGACUCCACGCUCAGGGCUACCCAGUCUACAGCUUCAGAGAAGAGGAGAACGAGGUGAUCUACAGGCUCUUAAAAAGCAUGGGCUUAAGUGAAGUCCCCUCACACCGGGAAGCAUGUAUUGUAUUCAAUGAAUUUUAAAUGUGUCAACGAAGAAGUCCCUUAAAAUCACAGGCUGCUCUCAACAUAGAAAAAGGGAAGGGGGAAAUGCUAGUCAGAAAUUAGGGGUAAAAAGCUUAUGUUUUUAAGCCUCCUAGUGCAUGGGAACAUGUUGUAUUUCCAGUCCAGGUUCAGUUGCCUCAAUCUGAAAUAACUUGUUUCAUGAACAUACCCAGGCCAGCCUUUGGGACUUCUGCGACCCUUCUCGUGUAAUCAAUCUACUGUUUUUUAUCUCACAAUAAUCAAUUUCUAGUUCCUAAAAUGUUGAGGCAGAGGGUGCUGUCUGUAGCUCUGGCUUAGGGUCAGAGGUUGUCAGCAGAUAGUUUGUUGAGCAUGAUAAACAGAGAUCUGUGUGAGCACAUGAUCAUGAUCAUGGGGAGUACCACCAGUUGGUCCAGGAGC